AUGAAUCAGAUUUUAAGGUCACUUAAGAGAUAUCUUAAAAGAGUAAUGGAUCUUUUUAAGAACUCACCUUCAUCAACACGCACAUUCAGCGCACCUUCAUUAACCGAUUUAAUAUCUCCAAAUUAUAAUAAUUUUGAUUUAGUAUUUUCGAAUGGAAUCAAAAUCACAAUUAAAACCCCACCAUUUAAAAAAACGAAAUCGUUAUUAAAUAAACGUCUCAUAAAAUUGGAAGGAGCGUUUGAUCUGUUUUUUGAAUUAAUAAAUAUUAAUCUAAAAGAAGAGUUAUCUAAAGAGUUGUCUUGUGAGCUGGCUUAUAUCGCUGCUAAAACUUGGAGGGACUCAAAUGUUCACUUUCGUGAAAAUUUUGAAAAAUUAUAUUAUAGAUUAGAAUUAAUUAAUACAUAA